AUUUUAUGCGCCACCCAUAGAUUCAACUUCAUAAAGUGCAACUAAUGAAAGAAGAAAAAAGCAACAGAGGUUAUCAUGGAUUCUAAGGUUUAUGGAUACCACUUAGCAGCAGCACACAUGCUAACUGUUAUAGCCAACAAUUAUGAAACUAGGCAGUUAACCAAAGAGUAUAAGGAAGAUGAACACAUAACGGAAGGUUUGCAGGGGGAAGAUAACAUGAAGAGAGUGAGUAAAACAAGUAAGACAAUAUGCAAAUAGCUAGUGCCAGGAACCAGUGGCACAGAUGUUGAGUUUUACACAACAAAGUUGCAUUGACAAAACAAACACUUACCAAGUAAAUCUGACAGCUCACUGUAGUUCCCAGAAACAACACAGCCGACUCAGUUCCAUGAAUGUAUUUAAGGAACGUCAACAAGAGAGGAGAACUGAUUAAAACCAACAACAGAGCGAUUUCAUUUUUUGAGCCUAAGACGUCUUAAGGUUUUCGAAGACUCCCUUCAGACAUAUUUUGACCUUUAGGUGACCGCGCAACGGAAAUCAUAUUGUUUUGAACUGUUCACAUAUGAGUUCCCGUUUAAAGCAGAGUGAAUGUGCUCCAGACUCACUCAGAGUAGAGGCUCCCAGGGGAGCUGUGAUGGUACCAAAAGAGAGAGAGAGAGAGAGAGAGAGAGAGAGAGAGAGAGAGAGAGAGAGAGAGAGAGAGAGAGAGAGGGGGAGAUGGAAUGAGGCUCCUGCUUGUAAAUUCUCUUGAGUGGUGCUUUGUCACUUGAUUUUACUUUGUCUAAAAGAUCUAAGAACACUAAGACUACUCUCACUAAUUAGAAAUGGCUUCAGUGCCUCAUAUACAGUUAAUGUGAAAGUUGACAAAUUACAUGUUUUUGAUCUUCUAAGUGAAAAUAAAUUAGCACAUCCUCUACAGACAACACCCUCUGCAUAUUUCAUACACAAUUACUCUUUAUUUGCUGAAUUUUAUGUGCUGGUAAAACAAAAAAAUUUAAAAAACAAAAACAUGAGGCUUGAAUUUUUUCCAAUAUGUUAAAUGACACCUCUAAAUCUCCAUGGAUGAUCCACACCUCAAACAGACUCACUAUGAUCUUACUGUAACUUCAAUCUAACAAAUCUAUACCUGCACAUAUAGAUUGACAUCUUGUACAUCUUCUAUCCAUAUUUUUUAUAAUCUGGAAUAUAUAUAUAUAUUGAUAUAUAUCAAUAUUCUAUCUCCUGCAUCCCAUUUAUUUACCUCUGUCUCACUAAUUGCAUAUAUGUAAAUGUGUACAACUGUACAUAUCACAGCUUUUAUUUCAUAACCUAUAUUACUGUUACAAAACUGUACAUUGGAAAUGGUGCAAUGCUGGUGUAUAUUUAGAGUCUAAUGUGUAUAUAUUUUUAUAUACUUUUAAUAUAUUUUUGUAUUUAAGUACUACUAGGGGGCUAUGCACCUAAGAUUUUCACUCACCUUCCCACCUGUGCAAAUGUGAUGUGACGAUAAAAAUGAUUUAAUUAAAAAAAAAAAAAUUACAGAAAACUCACAUACAUUUAAGGUCCGUGUAGAGAAUGUGUGAACUUACUUUCUCUUAGGAAAUCAAGAAAACAUGCAAUUGAGGAAACGUCCUCAUACAACCCUUAAAUAAUGGGUUGUUUUGAAAGCUAAAGCCGUCACCUGUUUACCAGUGUUUCCGUGGAAAACAUCUUGGACUUCAAAAGUACCCCUUGUGUCUGUGUUUGACCACACGGCCGAGGCUUUCACAACAAAAUGCUCUCACCUACUUGCUGACACAGAAAUCACUAGUGGAAUAUGUAGCAAUGCAGUGUUUCCUGUUUGUUCUCCUAGUAUAGCAUAGUGGAGUACAGCAUGCCGACACGUGCUUGAGGCCACCGUGACGUCAAAACAAAGGAAGAGACACUUCUGUAAAAUAAAUGCUGCCUCUUGUGCAAGCGGAGUGCGUGCGUCAGACUCCAAAAGUGUCCGACACACAGACCCCAAAGUGCAAAAUAACAGAAGCUUAGAAGGUCAGCAACAUGCCCAGUGUACAGAGGACAGUGGAGCAAUAAUGGAAGAACAGGCAGCAACAGAUGACCCUCCCCUGCUCUGGGCUGCCUCUCCGGGCAUGCUACUUAAGCCCAAGUAUGGCCGCUUCCGCAACGACUCCGUGACCUCCUCCGACGACCUGAUGCAGAGCUUGGCCAUGAGCGGGAAGGUAGUGGUGGCCACUCCGGUGGCUCCUUCGUCUGUUCCGGGCUUGCCUCUGCCACCCCUGGAGCCGGCCACCCUCCCUCCUCCACAGGCCCAGGCACUGGCUGAUGCUGAUUCGCCUGGGCCGGACGGUGAGCGGGACAGUGCCACCACCUUCUGCAUGCUGAUCCCAAAGAUACCCCAAUGGAAGUUCUCCAACUCGCUACUCAGCCGAAGCCCAUCUAGCUCCAGCUCGGGCUCCAGCUCCAGCAAAGACUCCGGCAAGGCCGUCCCAUCUGCUUCUGGGACAGCUGCAGCCGCCAGCGGGCCUGUGGCCAGCCUGGCUGCUGUGCUGAACUCCUGUGACCCUGUUUGUGUGGGUUCCUGUUCCCUGCAGGCUGUCGCCAAGCAGAGGGGUUCGGCGGGUUCGGCAGGAUCAGCCAGUCCCAGAGGUUCUGGGGGCGCGGUGACGGUGGAGGGGAGUCCAGGAGGCUCUGGAGGCUUCCGGACGGGAAUGAACCGCAGGACAAGGGUGGAAGGCAUGUGGCUGGGUGGAGAAGACCUCAACCAUAAGGGCAGCUUCAUCCACAAGCCAUCCCAGGGCUGGCUGCACCCGGACAAGAAGAUCAGCAGCACAGGCGCCUCCUACAUUGUUAGGUAUAUGGGCUGUAUUGAGGUUCUCAAAUCAAUGCGGUCACUGGAUUUCACCACUAGGACACAGGUGACGAGGGAGGCCAUCAACCGGCUGUGUGAAGCUGUUCCAGGUGGGAAGGGUGCCUGGAAGAAGAAGGCUGCCAACAAAGCCCUCCAGGCCAUCAUGGGGAAAAGUAACUUGCGUUUUGCUGGAAUGAGUAUUGCUGUCAACAUCUCUAUAGAGGGCCUGAGUUUGCUCAUCCCCACCACACGACAGGUGAUCGCACAUCACCCUAUGCAGUCCAUUUCCUUUGCUUCCGGCGGAGAUACGGAUACACCUGAUUAUGUUGCGUACGUGGCCAAAGAUCCUGUCAAUCAAAGAGCAUGCCAUAUUCUGGAGUGUUGUGAUGGACUUGCACAGAACGUCAUCAGCACUAUUGGUCAAGCCUUUGAGCUGCAGUUCAAACAGUAUCUGCACAGUCCACCCAAAGCCAUCCCCACCAUGGACAGGAAUAUCAGGACAGAGGAGUCAGCAUGGGGUGAUGAUGAGGAACCAUCAGAGCAUGAUUACUACAAUAGCAUCCCAGGGAAGGAGCCUCCACUGGGGGGAGUGGUGGACUCAAGACUGAGACCCUCAGGAGCACUGUUGGGCCAUGUGCACAGCCUACCAAACAGCAAAACAACACAGGCUGGAUCUGCAAUCAGGAGAGAUGUGUCCUCUCUCCCUGCAGCUCAACUGUGUUAUGAAGUGCACUGGGACACAGAGAACGGCAGUAGCUCAAGUUUGACAUCUGAUGGAUAUUUGAGAGCAGAUGGACAUCCUCCUGGAAGCCGGGACUAUGAAGAGCACCUGUAUGUCAACACACAGAGCCUGGACAACAUGGACCCUGCAGCAGACAGGCAGGGAGGACGCAGACCUGAGAGCCCCAAGAAAGACAUCUUUGACAUGAGACCGUUUGAGGAUGCUCUGCGUCUGCAUGAGGCUGGUGGUGGUGUGUGUGUGCUUGAGGACCAAUGGCCGAGCCCCCCGCGCCGCCGAGCCCCUGUGGCCCCCACGGAGGAGCAGCUCCGCGGAGAGGCCUGGUACCACGGCCGCAUGAGCCGCCGCGACGCUGAGAAGCUCCUGAUCCGUGAUGGAGACUUCCUGGUGCGGGAUAGUGCCACUAAUCCAGGGCAGUAUGUGCUGACGGGGAUGCACUGUGGCCUGCCCAAACACCUGCUGCUUGUGGACCCUGAGGGAGUGGUCCGGACAAAAGACAUGCUGUUUGACAGCAUCAGUCACUUGAUCAACUAUCAUCUGAGCAACAAGCUGCCCAUUGUAGCGGCUGAGAGUGAGCUCCACCUCCAGCAGGUGGUCUGCAGGAAGCAGUGACCUCCACCCAAGCAACACACAUGGAAGGGUUGUAAUGAAGCUAGGCCUCAUUCUGUGCAGACGAGCCUGAGGCCCCACACUUUUGCCUUAAACACGGACUCUCAGCUUCCAUUGGACAUGCGGAAUCACACAUGGGAUUCAAACUACGACUCCCAGCAUGCCCUUCUGUUCAAUCAACAGUUUGAACCCAGGGCCAGCCAGACAGCUCACUGAAUGGGAGUCCACUGCGCAUUUCCUAAGACAGAUAUGUGCAAUUUACAGCUCACAUUUGUCUUUUUACUCUGGAACGUUCCAAAUGAGGUGUAAUUAAGAGUCGCCUCUUUGAAAAUGUGAACAAUCAGUGACUACGCUUGAGUGCAUUCAUGUUCAAUGUGCCGACAUUCAGUUAUAUCCGGGUAGUGGGUCAGUUUCGGAGUCAAGGUAUUAAUGUCUUCAGCCAGGAGAUGGGCACAAGCUUCUCGUUGUGCUAUACGAUUUGUUCUCAGGAUGCAGUAUUUCAUAUGGACAUUAAGUGGACAUAUGAUGUUUCAUAAGCUUGAUGAUAUCAUCUGUGUUAUGCUGUCUUAUCCAGUACAUGUAUAAUUUAUGAAACCUCAGGACCAAAUGCACGGUCAUGCUUCUGUAAUGUUUUUUUUUUUUUUAAUCAUAAUAUCAAUUUGGAAAUUCAUUGUCAACUUUUACAUAGCAAACCGGCAUAUCACAUAUUGUGGGCAUGGCAUUUCACAUUUCAUCUCCAUAGAACUAACAGACAAAAUGUACAUCUUACUUAAACAUGGUAAUUUCAUAUAAUAUAAUAAACUUUUAAGUCCUAGACUUUCGGGUAGUUCAGUAGAUACAAGGUUGCCUCUGUGAAGUGGCAUAUAUGCACUACAGAUGGAAUAUUGGUUUCAGGUUAAUAUUAGCAAAAGAUGCUGGACUGUAAGUAGAUGGACUGUAAAGAAAGAAUAAAUUCAAUCCAUUUCUGUAACCAAACUAGCCUGAAAUAGCCCCACUCACACUGUGAUGUGAUGUUAUUAGCUCUGUAUAUCUUCCUGUAUAGAGCAUUUGAGUAACAUGCCUGCUUUUAGAUGCUCAUCUUAAAAGAAUACUAAGGCAAAAAAUUAAAUGAACCAUUGUCCAUUUAUCUCAAAUGUAGUCAAAUAGCCAAGACAUGUUGGGUGUUCAAAUGAUGCUUCUUUAAUUUAGUGCUGGAGCUACAAGGCUAACAUUGCUAAAAAAACAGUAGUCAAUAGUCACCCAAACCUUUUCCAUAAAUACAUCCCCAACACUUCUCUCAACCUGCUCAAACCACAUCCAGGUCCUCAUUAAGGGUUUAGGACACAGUGUGAUUUGCUGUAAACUAUAAAAAUGAACAAAAAAGUCACAGUAUAGCAAAACACAGCAGGCAGCCAAUUUAGACAAGAUUACGUUAAUGAUUUCUGUUCAUAAUGUAUAUUUCUAUUUAUAAAUAUAUCUUUAAAGUGUGACAAUUCAAGAUUAAUUAGAAACAACAGAAAUUGAGAGUGUAUUGCUUUACUACCUUCCAUGUGCAUGUGUGCAUGCUAAAAUGGCUGCCCGCUUCCAAUAAAACAGCAGUAUGUGAGAUUUUUAAAUAGUCAGGAAAAAAUACACACUAAAAUAUGGUGUCUGUACGUUGCUAUGAGUCACCCUGUAAAACAUAAAAUAAUAAUUUAAAAGACAGAGGCUUCGGGUCAGAUUUCCCAGGAGUGUUUUGGACCGUCAUGCGUCUUUAUGUAUUAACGUCACACAUACAGGCUCUUUGAAAAAUCUUUCAACACGGUUCUAAUGGCCAGAUUUAUCUGUUCGGGGAAGGGGUCCGAAACACAACCAACGUUACAAGUGUUCUUCUGCAAGUUACGUGCAGUUUCCACCAGAGAAAUGUGUAAUGCCCAAAUUUUACAUAGAAAUGUGUGAUCCCCAAAUCUUACAUAGUGCAGCUUUUGAAAUAGUUAAUUUUGUAUGAUUGUAAUGGCUGAUACUCGAUAUCAGUAAUGACAUUGGAAAUGAAUUAGUGCCAUCAUGUGAGCUCUAAUUUGCACUGUUCACAGUGAUUUUCAAUUAGAUUUCCUCUUUAGUUGUCUAACAGGAAUUGGCAAAAGGCUCAAAUAUAUAUACAGGUUGAACAUCUACAAAAACAAAUUGUUUUGUCCGAAGUAUCUGCACUGAACUACCUAAAGGUGUAUUUAUAUUUUUAAAGUUAAAAUGAGGUAUUGACCCCCUUUUAAGGUUGAGUUCCUAAGACCAUGAAAUAAUACUAAGAGGCUGUUUGUUUUUUUUUCUGUUUUUGGGAGGCCAUGUAGUCAUUAACCAUAAAACAAUACUAAGAGGGUUUUUUUGGGGUGGGCAUGUCGUCAGUAGCUCCGAAAAUAAAAAGAAAUUAAAAUGAAAGGAUUAUACUAUUAAGUUUCCUGUGGUCAUAGAUAUGUUUCCCAUCCUCAUUGGGACCAUGUUGUAACUUACCACCAUUUUCCUGGUUACAGUUUGUUACAAAGGGUAAAGAUUUUCUUUUUCCUAAGCACCUACAGUUAAUAGCCUUGUGCCACAACCCAAAACAUGCAGGCUUCACUUCAUACAGUAUUUUCCUCUCUGUCCACUCUCUGUAAUAAACUACGGGGGUGGUUCACUUGAAAUUGCUGAAAUCAACAGUAGAGAGGUUGGUCGAUUUGACCACUUAAAUUUUGCCGGACAUUAAAGGGAAAUUGAACUGGUUUUCAAAAAAAAUUGCAUAAUACAGAAAACAAAGGAGGUCAUGGUUCAUUGUGGAGAAACUUCCUGACUCCUGAUUUCUUCACAGUGGUGGUGAUGGGAACCAGAGGUCAAUACGUACAGUGCAAAUAUAGCCAUUUUAUUUACUGUCCAAAAAAAACAGUGAGCCUACCCAUGUCUAAUUUUUUACACGUAAUGCUGAUAAUGGAAAAGUAGUGGUAAAUUUGCUUGGCCUUAUAACACUCUGCAUGUGUCUCUCUGCCAUACAAAAUGCAUUUUGGGCCAAAACCUCACCUCAAAACUACUCUAAAACAAUGCCUGAUGCAUCAAGCAACGCAUUCAGAUGUCUGGUUCCUAUUACGACCACUAUGAGCAAUUUUGACUUAGUAAGUUUCUCUAGAACAGAACAUUUCACAUCAAACCACUCUGAGUGACUUUGUUCAUAACUUAACAAUGUAGUUAUGCAGAAAACUUGAAAAAUCAGUGGAAUUACCCUUGAAGACCCUUCUAUAACUGUUGUCUGAUUAGAUAGUAUUCCUAUCCUGAAAUAUGUUUAAUCGUAUCUUAGAAGUACUACAGAAAGACCCAAGUUAAAGGCAUGUAAAGCAGUAAUAAAUAUGUGUUCUGAGUUUGUCACACCACAGAUUGUGUUACCAAUCACCCAGCCAAAUUUGAAUGAAUAAAAAAAAUCAAUAAAAUUAAUUAUAAAAUUAGAUUCCAAAAUUGUGAAAAAUAAGCAGUAUUUUCUGCUCGCCUGCUGUAGGUGUUGAAAUUGCCCAAUCACAGGAAAGGUGCAGUCUUUCUUAAAUGUCAAAUAUCACUGCAGCCUGAAAAAUGGAUGCUCCAUCCAUCAGCUUUAUUAUGCUGGACUUAAAGCCAUGCAUGUUUGACCCACAAGAGCCAGAACCCAAUAUGGAGCCAUAGGACACUCACCUACCCAAGCAUCAUCCUCGUUCCUCACGGUCUGCCACAGAAUUAUCAUUUUUUUCGCCCAUUUAUGCAAGGCGUAGCUAGCAAAGGCUAAUGGAGAAGUAGUAGCCUGUAGCCUGUUAGCCCUGUUCCAUAAACAGCCAUUCCGGCUAACGCUAACUUGGACGGCUAACAUAUCUUCAACUGAAACAGCCGGCUAACUGUUAGUGCCUUUAGCUUAGCCAAAGUUAGCGAGGCUAGCGGUGUAGUUUUUAAACUGUUUUAGUGCUAGGCCAGGGGUCAUGCUAAGUAUGGUUCUAGUGUGUCAUCGAGCCAUGAUUUCAGGCCCGUCCAAAAAAUCCUGAACACAAAAUCAUGAAAAACAGUUUAACAGUUUAACUCCACAAUUUAGAAUUACGUAGUUCACAGUCAUGUUGUCAGCAGGUAUUUUCUCACAUGUUUCGAAACAAUCUCUGGAUUUCCUUUACACAGACUUUAAAGGCACGUUUCUACAGUGCCUCACGAAGGUUCUUGAACCACAACAAAUACACUGAUUACAGUAGCACUUUGAUCGUUCAGUGACUGAGACAGCUCAGCUCUGCAUUUUACUUCCUGUCUGCUUACGUUGAACAGCCAUGUGACUGACAACACAGCUGCAAUAUGCAUAAGUAUUCACAACACAAAAUACUCUGUGUAUUCCUUCCUUUAGCUGCUGUCCUGCAGGGUAUCUGUGAAUCACUGUUACAUUCCAAAAACCUUCUCUGAGAUAUGACAAUGUAAUUUACAUGUGAAUAAAAUAUAUUUACAUCAACACAAUUCAAAAGUAUGUAAACUGAUCUAAUAUAUUUGAUUUGUGUGAAAAUGAUUUUACACAUUUAAAUGAAUCACUUUCUUCAGUGCACAUUAAUGCAGGUAUUUUGCAACAGAGAGGUUACUGACCAUCUUGAAAUGCUGAUGUUUGCAGAAUCAGCGGUACAAGAGCCGACAUGAAACACAGAGACUUGUCAGGUUGCCAUGAAUCCACACAUCCCCUCCCAUCCAGACUGCUUUCUCAGCAUAUUCGUGUAACCAUUGAGUUGCUGUUCCAAUAAAGUACAAACAGGA